CAUCAACACCAACCCACACCCACCACCACUCCCUCCACAUCACCCGCACCUUCCGUCUUCUCCGCAUAUACACAUCAAGAGCGACCAUCAUGGCGGACAGCAUGGAAGGCGUCGUCGUCGAGGGCGAGCAGCCCAAGGCCGAGAACGUAGAGCAGAAGGCCAUUGCUGACAUCCGGGGCAACUUUGUCCUCCUCGAGCGAGCCGUCGCCCAGUUCGAUACCCGCUUUACCCUACGCGCCCUCCGUUCCAUAUCAUCGCUCCGCAAGAGGCUCACCGACCGUGUACUAUGCUCUGUCAUCAUCCUGACAUACUCUCCAAACAACGCCACGGCGCGCAACUUCAUCGAGUACAUUGGCAUGGAUGGCGAGGCGAUACAGAGCGUUGUAUCCCAGUACAAGGAGGAGGUUCAACUCAACAAAAACAACACCAAGGAGCCCCUGCCCGAGGUGGACAUUUACAUAGCCAUUCUGAUACAGGUCUAUCUCUACGAUCAGAAGGAGUUUGAAGAGGGAGCUGAGUUCGCCGAGACGCUGGUAGACAAGAUCCGAGAGCUGAACAGGCGGACAUUGGACUCGUUAGCAGCCAAGGCCUACUUCUACUUCUCCCUAUUCCACGAAGAAAUGGAUCCCAAGCCCCCGUCGAAGCAGUCGCCCGUCAUCCAAAUCCGCGGAAAGCUGCUUGCUGCGCUCCGAAGCGCAGUGCUCAGGAAAGACCCAGAUACGCAGGCAUCCGUCACCACACUGUUGCUCCGAAACUACCUCUCGACCGCCGACAUCACACAAGCCGAUCUCCUUGUUGCGCAGACGCAAUUCCCACCACAAGCCCCAAACAACCAGGUUGCGAGAUACCUGUACUACCUUGGCCGCAUACGGGCUAUUCAGCUGUCCUACACCGAGGCACACGAGCACCUAAUCAGUGCCACCCGCAAGUCGCCCUCUGCUCACUGCGCAACAGGCUUCUACCAGGCUUCGAUGAAGCUCCUGGUAGUCGUUGAGCUGCUGAUGGGUGACAUUCCCGAGCGCGAGGUCUUCAGCCAGCCCCGUCUGGAGCGUGCUAUGGAGCCUUACUUCCGCCUCGUCCAGGCAGUGCGCGUUGGUGAUCUACAAGGCUUCCUGAAGGUGGUGCAGACGUCCUCGUCCGUCUUCCAGCGCGAUGGCACCUACACCCUCAUCCUCCGCCUGCGACAAAACGUCAUCAAGACUGGUAUCCGUAUGCUGUCGCUUUCAUACUCGCGCAUCUCGCUCCGCGACAUCUGCAUCCGUCUUGGUCUUGAGAGCGAGGAGUCGGCCGAGUACAUUGUUGCCAAGGCUAUCCGCGAUGGUGUCAUAGAGGCUUCUAUUGAUCACGAGAAAGGAUUCAUGCAGACCAAGGUUGCCGGUGAUAUCUACGCAACUCGUGAGCCUGGUGAGGCAUUCCACGAGCGUAUCCGGGCAUGCUUGACCCUGCACGACGAGUGUGUCAAGGCAAUGCGAUACCCCAUGAACCAACAUCGUCUGGAGCUCAAGAACGCCCAGGAGGCGCGGGAGAGGGAGCGCGAGUUGGCCAAGGAGAUCCAAGAUGGUGACAUUGACGAGGACGACGCGGGUGGAGACUUUGAAGGCUUGUAGAGGGGUCAUACAGCUUGGACGAUUCAUUCCGUGAGCGUGUAAGAUAGCCGCAUAAGGGCUGGCAUUGAUAGACGUUCCAGACAUUGUGGGACAGACAUCGUAAUGAUGCAUGAAUAGAACAAAUCCGAGACGUCACCACAUAAGUUUGAACACGCCAGUGACAUGUGAUGGAUGCUACAAGAGUCGCUAAUCUGACAGAUGGAUCCAUGCUGCGCAUCCGCGCGAGAACUAGCCAGUUGCAGCAAGAUUCCGUGAACGUCCCCGCAGCUUGUCCAAGGCCCAACGCUCCCGCCCCACACCAGCUCUCCCUCGCGAACGUCACUUCGCGAUUGCCAUCAUCUCCGUGCCGUCUGACCACUCAAUCAUGAUUCACUGC